AUGUCUCUUGCGGAAAUCUGGUAUGUUUCUAUCGUACGGUGGUAUAUGCGUAUUGAAUUUACCGAUUGGCAACUUGUCACGUGGUUGCUUCUUCUAAGCACGUGCGAGUCUCUCAGCCACACCUUAGAAUUGCCUUUGAAGUCGCCUCGCAUGGUCGACGCAGCAACUAUUCCCAAUACGCUACCCCCGCCCAACGAAGGUUUCACUCACGGGGGCGAUCUCGUCCUGCGCAGUACGGACAACGUAGACUUUAGCGUCCAUGCACUUUUCCUAUCCGUUGCCUCUCCCGUAUUUUCUGAUUUGCUCAAAUCUGGGAGUCGUGAAGAAGUCGUGCUGUUCUCGGAGAGAGCAGAGCUACUGGCUCUCAUGCUCAAGUUUAUCUACCCACGACCUACACCGAAUAUUACAUCCCUAGAUCUCUUGGACGAUGCUUACGCGUAG